AUCCGUUCUUGAUGCACUGUAUACUGUUACUACUGCUCGAGCGUGUUUAGCGGGGACCGAGCGAUUCAUGCCAUGCCAUCAGUACCAUCAUGCCAUACCAUGCCGUGACUAGAAGUAUCACCAACAUGACAACGUGCUAUGUGUACUAUCUUGAUAAGCAAGAGUUCAAAAAUAUGGUGAAGCAUGUUCAAUGUCUCCAGUCAUAAUUUCUUACUUUGGAUAUAAGUUAUGCAACACCAUGCUUAGCUCUCAUCAUGAAUGGAAUCCACCCCUCUAGUGCUCUUCAUACCAUCAGAACUAUGCAGGUAUGCAGGAUUUGCUUUUGUCUACUUUGAGGAUGAGCGUGAUGGUGACGAUGCCAUUCGGGCUCUUGAUGGUUAUCCCUUUGGCCCUGGGAGACGCAGGCUUUCGGUGGAGUGGUCACGGGGUGAUCGAACUGCUAGACGUGAUGGAAAUAAGCCAGUGGAAAACAUUAAGCCCACCAAGACAUUGUUUGUCAUUAACUUUGAUCCAAUCAACACAAGAGUCACUGAUAUCGAGAGGCACUUUGGACCGUUCGGGAAUAUCUCAAAUGUUCGGAUAAGGAGGAACUUUGCAUUUGUUCAGUUUGAAACGCUGGAAGAAGCCACAAAGGCUCUCGAAGCUACUCAUGCUACCACACUUUUGGACAGGGUUAUUUCUGUUGAGUAUGCCUUUAGGGAUGAUGGUGAACGAAGUGAUAGGUAUGACAGCCCAAGAAGAGGAGGAGGUGGUGGCUAUGGUAGGCGGGGUGGGGGUGAUAGUCCAUAUCGCCGAUCUGUUAGCCCUGUGUACCGGUCACGACCUAGUCCUGACUAUGGUAACCCAAGGAGUCCUGUAUAUGGUUCGUAUUACAGGAGCAGGAGUCCUGUUGGUGAUGGUUAUCGGAGAUCUCCUGUCCAGCGGUCAAGAUCCCCGCCUGCCAACAAGAGAGCUUAUAGCUAAUUGAAAAACCAUCGUAUCUCUGUAUGGUAGUGGGCGGGGUGUGGUUUGUAUCUCUGCCUUUGCCAGCGAGCACCUAGUAGCAAGAACUCUACCUGUACUGGAGCGUUUCGCCUCAAAAGUGACCCGUGUUUAAAUUGGAUCUGUACUACGUUAUGCUAUGUGCCUGUCACAGAUUUUAGUUUUCUUGAUAUGUUUUCGGGGUCUAUUUACCUUCA